AUGUCAGAACUGUACCGUGUCUUAGAGGCCGGCAAGGUUGGCAUCUUUGAGAGUCCCACAGGAACGGGCAAGUCUUUGAGUCUGAUUUGCGGCUCUCUUUCUUGGUUGAGAGACUUUGAAGAGAAGAAGCGUCAGCAGGAGGUACUGGCACUGUCUGCGGGAGAUACAGAAAAGGAUGGAAACCAAGAGACAGAGGACUCGACUGAACUGUUGACAACCUCAUCCUCUACAGAGCCUGACUGGAUCACAGAGUUCCUGCACAAAAAGGAGGAGCUGGACAUCAAGAACAAGAUAAGGGAGGAUCAAAUACAGCGGAAGAAAAAAGAGGAAAGACUGGAGCAGAUGCGACAUAACAUUCAAUUGAAGUUUGCAUCAAAGAGAAAGAGAGAGGAGGAGGAUGAGACAAUGCGCCUCUUGCAGCUCAGUCGGCAGAUGCUCUCAGGAGGAGACGGCGUGGACUUGGAGCAUGGGGAAGAAGAGCUAGUUCUCGCUGAAUACGAGAGCGAUGAGGACACAAAGAAGCAAGCAGAGCUUGAUGAGGAAGAUGAUUUGGAAGAAGAGCAUGUAACCAAGAUCUAUUACUGCAGCCGAACUCACUCUCAGCUUUCCCAGUUUGUCCACGAGCUUCAGAAAAGCCCCUUUGGAAAGGAAACCAGGCUGGUUUCUCUGGGGUCUCGCCAGAACGCAUGUGUCAAUGAUGAGGUUCGGCGCUUGGGCACGGUGCAACUGAUCAACGAUCGCUGUAUGGAGAUGCAGAAGAACAAACAUAAGAAAAAAACAGAGGAGUCUGCAGGGAAGAAGAAACGGGAAAGCCGACUGACCUGUCCAUACUAUUCCUAUGAGCAGAUGCAGUUCCUGCGGGAUGAGAUUCUUAUAGAGGUGAAGGACAUUGAACAGCUUGUCUCACGGGCUCAAGAGGUGAAAGCUUGCCCUUAUUAUGCCAGCCGUUUUGCCAUACCAGCUGCCCAGCUGGUUGUAUUACCUUACCAAAUGCUGCUCCAUGACUCCACGCGGUGCGCCUCUGGCAUUAAGUUGAAGGAUCAGGUGAUGAUUAUUGAUGAGGCUCAUAACCUGAUAGACACCAUUACCAGCAUGUACAGUUCACAGGUCACCGGAGCCCAGUUCUGUCAGGCUCACUCCCAGCUGGCCCAGUACAUGGAGCGAUACAGGAGUCGCCUCAAAGCCAAAAACCUGAUGUACAUCAAACAGAUUCUGUUUCUUCUGGAGAAGUUUGUGGGUGCGCUGGGAGGUAAUAUCAAACAGAAUCCAAACUUUCAAAAAGUUUCUCAAGACGGCACCACUCUGAAAUCCAUCAACGAUUUCCUAUUCUACAGUCAGGUAGAUAACAUCAACCUCUUCAAGGUGCAGAGGUACUGUGUGAGGAGUAUGAUCAGCCGGAAGUUAUUCGGCUUCAUGGAGAAAUUCAGAAGCUCAGAAGUCUGUGUUCCUAUCAAGGAGAACCAAAAGGCUGGUGGCUUGCAGCAGUUUUUACAAAACCUUAACCAGAAGGGCCAGGCUGAAGCUGCAGAAAUUCCUGAGGAGGGUGAAGAGAAUAGACAUCCUCGUACUGCGUCUCCGCUCAUGCAAAUUGAAGGCUUCCUGUCAGCAUUAACUAAUGCUAACCAAGAUGGGCGAGUCAUAAUACAGCUGCAAGGUACUGUGGCACACAGUAGCCUGAAAUUUCUCAUGUUAAAUCCAGCUGUGCAUUUUGCCGAAGUCCUGAAGGAGUGUCGUUCUGUCAUCAUCGCUGGAGGAACCAUGCAGCCGGUAUCGGAUUUUAAGCAGCAGCUGUUGAUAUCUGCCGGUCUCAGCCCGGACCGCAUAGUGGAGUUCUCCUGUGGACAUGUCAUCCCACCUAAGAACAUAUUACCCAUAGUGCUUUGCAAUGGGCCAACCAACCAGCAGUUGGAAUUUACUUAUCAGAAGAGGGAUUCACCUGAAAUGAUGGAUGAGACUGGAAGGAUCCUAGUGAACUUGUGUAACGUCGUCCCGGGCGGGCUCGUGUGUUUCUUUCCUUCCUAUGACUACCAGAAGCUCAUCCUGGACCACUGGGAGAAGACGGGACAGCUGAAACGGCUGGCAGCCAAGAAAAAGAUAUUUCAGGAGCCGAAGAAAGCCAACCAGGUGGAACAAGUGUUGUCCGAAUACUCGCGCUGCAUCAAGCUCUCAAGCCAGUCUGCUGGGCCCCUAACCGGCGCCCUUCUCUUUUCUGUAGUUGGAGGGAAGAUGAGUGAAGGAAUCAACUUUUCUGAUGACCUGGGCCGGUGUGUUGUGAUGGUUGGCAUGCCGUACCCGAAUAUCCGAUCACCGGAGCUACAGGAAAAAAUGUCAUAUCUCGAUAAAACAUUGCCCAAGACAAAUGGGGUAUCUGCAGGCAGAGCCCUCCUGGAGAACCUGUGCAUGAAAGCCGUCAAUCAGUCCAUUGGCCGGGCGAUUCGGCACCGAGGUGACUAUGCCACCAUUGUACUUGUAGACCACAGGUACUCCCGGCCUGCCAUCCUCUCCAAGCUGCCACAGUGGAUCCGCAGCAGCACAGAAAUCAAACCAGCUUUUGGGCCUGCGUUUGCAUCAAUACGCAAGUUUUUCCAGAUGAAGAAGGCAAAUUCCACCGUGGCACCUAAAAGCAGAUAUCUGCAUUGGUGGGAGACGCUGGACAUGGACCUCCUGGCAUCCAGGUUCAACAACAAACUGGAUAGGUUUGUUACCAGGAUCAGGGAUCGCCAGCCUUUCGCAGUGGAUGCCUUGGGGACUUUGGUAAAUCAGUCCAGCCUGAUCUACGCUAUCCUUCCCAUCAAACUUAGUUCUCCUCACCUGGUUUGA